AUGGGAAUCCAAUCCAAUUUUGCAAGUCCUUCGGAACGGCAGCGGCCUCAGCGAGGCUUCGCUCCAGACCCAAAGUCGAAUGGAAACGACGCCCUAGCAUCCAAAGAAUCACCGUGGGUAAAAGACAGGAGAAUGUAUGCAGAAAAGAAAAGGAAUCAACAACAAUUCAAGAAACGAGUUCGGAGGUUUGAGGCUUCACCAGUUGGAUCUGCGUCCACCACUUCCACUUCUUCGGCUCAUAGCACUCCUUCUCCAACGCAGCACCAGAAAAGUACCAAUCCAUUUGCCGGUCCAUCACCGUUGAAUCAUCGGCUACCUAUGCAGGCAACAAAUACCAAUCCAUUUGCCGGUCCAUCACCAUUGAAUCACCGACCUCUAAUGCAAGCGUCAAAUACACCCACGGCUCGAAGAAACACAAACCCAUUCGAAGAAAGCACCAAUCCAUUCGAGACGAGCACGAAUCCCUUUGAUGCUCCCUCCAACUUGGAGACAAGCUUCACUCCUCAGAUGAGGAAUGUGCGGAGGACGCCCACUGGAGAAAUGAGUGUGGACAGCCUAAACGAAGUAUUGGAAGGGGGUUAUCAGGAAGGGGGUUAUCAGAUGCCAUCUACUUACUCGCUUGCUGAAGAAUCCGAGACAACGACCCUCAGUGAUCAAGCAAUUGAAGCUGCCAAGGCUUUGAAGAAGAGUUUUUAUACGCGAAAGGGCAAUCCUGGUAGCACUCCCCGAAGACCGCAGCCUGCCACCAUUUCAGAAACGGCGCAACAUAAUCCUGAAGUAGCAUUUUCACAGGAUCGUCCCAUGCCAGCACAAUCACGCCCAGCUAAAAGAAGGCCCCGGAUCAAUCGUCCUUUGCAGACACAGAGGCGAACGGGUCCUGUGGAUUUGGAUAUUACCUUGGAUACGGCUGACUUUACAGCGGAUGCUGACAAUUUACAACUACAUGACAUGUGUGAUGCGGCGCAAUCCACGAACGAUGCGACUUGGAGAAAGGCAAUCUUUCUCCUCAGUGUCGAACCGCACAUGGCCAAGAAUAUGGACCCAGUUAGCAAAAUGACGGCGAUGCAUGUUUGUUCGCUAGGUGUGGAGCCACCGCCAAUUUGGAUGACGAGAGCUUUACUCUACACACAUCCCGAGCAAACCCAACAUACGGAUUCGGGAGGCCGAUUACCUCUGCACCUAUUGGCAGCCACAUCCGCAGAUAUUGACACUAUGCAAUUAAUGGUUGAAGAGUAUCCUGCCAGUGUUGGACACAGGGACGACCGAGGGUUCACUCCGUUGCAGCUCAUGUUGAAGAAUGACCAAAUUGUGUUGGCUCUCCAGCAUCUACGAAUUUUACUUGGACAAACAGUGAAGGAAAACGAGGAAGAGCAAUUGGCCCAAAUAAAGUUUCGAAAGGGAGAGCACUUGCACCAGUCACCGGAAGAGCUACAACUACAAAAGAAACAACAGCAGGAGAAGAGACACGAAGUAUUGUUUGCCAACUACCCAGAUGAUGUCCGGAGUUGUCUCAACAAGAUACAACUUUGGAAACAUAGACAAGUUACCAAAGGCUUGUUGUUUCGGCCUACCAAACUAUUUGCCUCUGCUGAUUCGGUGAAUCCCGCUGCCGUUGCGACACCUACGGGAAAACUUUUGCCAUUACAUUUGCUCGUUCGACGAAAGCCACAAGCGGCUCCAUCAAGGCUCGUGUCCAGGCCACCAGGGACGGCUACUGACUUGAUCCGAAUCCUUGUAAAUUCGUAUCCACAGGCGCUGGUAACAACAGAUGCUCAGGCUCGCACUCCUCUCAUGACGGCAAUGAUGCAGACAGACUACCAGCCAAAUCAAGAAAUAAUUGAACUUUUGCUCGGAUUUGGGACGCCUGGUUUCAAUGUGGGUCCAGCGGAAUCACCGGCGGCAAUAGCAGCAAGCCAAACAUUUCAGCUGCCGUUGCAUAUUGCAGCAGAAGAAAUGACAUCCAACUACAAUGUACUGUCCACAAUAUACGAGGCUUACCCGCAGGCUGUCUGUGCACAAGAUGUGCGGGGUCGGACUCCGUUACACUUGGCGUUGCGCAACUUUCGAUCGAUACCUGUUGACGAGCCAACGCUGGCUCUUCUUUUUGAAGAUAAAGUUGCGAGGCUCAAAGACCACGACGGGAAGACUCCUUUUGAUUUGGUUCUACGAAAUCCUGAUUUUCUAAAGCCAUCCAAGUCCAUGAUUCUGCAAGAGUUUUUGGACUCGUCCAUUUUGAGGCCAAAGGACCUUAUGGAGUCGGAGGACUUGCUAUUCAAGUUACGGAGUCUACCACCAUGGAUUCGAAAUCAUGCCUGUGCAGCAAAUCACGUGCAAGAAGUAUUGGUGGAUGAAUUGACGUCUCCUUUUAUCACAUUUUGGAUUCUCUUCAACGGGGCUGUUAUGAUUUCUCUCCUCGUUCUCUUGCGAAUGCUGUUGGAUGCGCCAACAAGUACGCUACUGACUGCAAUCUACGUCGUUUCGUCUCUGCUAUUGGUGAAUCAAGUAAUUUACUGGCUAGAGGCUAUACUUGUUGGCGAAUUCUAUCGACUAUGUGCUUCAAAUCCAUGGAGGUGGAUUGAUGUCUUUUCUGGUUACCUGACGUUGGCCACUGCCUAUCUCAUUGCAGCCGACAUGAGUGCAUUGGAAUCGGUCGUGGGGACAACGACUGGAUUUGUACCGACUGUUGCAGACCCACUGAUUUCCACUAUUGGGUCGAUCGCCACUGGAUUUAUUUGGAUAAGCUUGGUUGGCUAUUUUGUCGAAUGGUGGUGUGGAAUGGCGGUCUUUUUUGGAUCUGCGAUGGAACUGCUUCGAUCCUUGGUUUGGCCUCUUGCUUUGGCAGCGGCGGGAAUUGUCGGCAUGUCGCAAGUGAUGUACACUUUGGACGACUGUGGCCAAGAACAGACUUGCAGUGUAUCCGACACCUACACGACUGUCUAUUGGAUGGUUUUGGGCGAACCUAUUCUGUCGAACGAGGAAUCUUCCACCAACAUGGCAUCUGCCGGGAUGGUUGCAAUGGUGGUAUCAUUUACGCUGCUAUGGAUCUGGUGGAUUCUAUCAGUUGUGGUUGUGGCUGUGACCGAGGCUCGACAAUUGAAUCGUAUACAAAUCGCUCUGAAAUGGUACUGGGAACCAAAGAUCGCCUUGACUGUAUUGUCUGGGGGAAGACGCAAAGCAUACAAGAAGAAGAUUAGAGCGAAGCCUUCCUUUGUUCGGCGGUCAAGCGAAGACAUGGGACGAAUAUGGCACGUUUUCGUUGCUUCGUUCCGUGGGGAUGUAAUCAGAGACAAGCAACGAGACACGUACUGGUAUAGCUGUUUCAACAAACCUGGGGUCAUUCAUUUUACUAGGCUGCUGGCAGUCAUUGUCGUUCCAGUUUGGUUGGUCUUGGGUUCAGCAAGUUUGGGUCUACUCUGGCCACCACAAGUGCGACGUUGGUUGUUUUCUACAAAUAUUGUCAAAAGCAGAGGGGUAAGACAAUCUUCUUUUGAAGAGCAGCUGACAGCUUCCAAGCUGUCAAGUUUAAAGGGCGAAUUAUUGGCAUUUCAAUCGACUACCUCCCAGCAAACGCACAUGACACAGAAGGAUAUCCAAGAAAUCAAAGAUCUUCUAUACGCAGCCAUGGGUCAACAGUAA